ACGAGGGACUCAAUACGAGCAUCGGUGCAUUGAGAGGCAAAACCAUAGCUUUGAUUCAAAUGCGUCGCGAUUUCGACGCUCUUCAGGAUCCCGAGUUUUCGAAGAAAACAGAAACAGUUGUUGCUGCUGUGGAUCCCCCAAACAAUCCCUCGCUUCCCCCCGACUUUUUGCAGAAGUUGAGUGAAACUGUGUUGAGAAGUCACGAGAGAAUAGUUCAGUCUCAGAGCGGGGAUGUUGUGUUUGAAAACGCUGAUGAGGCGAUGAAAACGGGAAAUGGUUUGCCCCAUGAAACACCAGCGAGUCGUCUAGAAGAUGGUCCGCAUGAUUCAAAACUGGAAAAAACACCACCGAAAUACGUCACUUCUGUACAGAUAGUGAAAGAUGAAGAGCCAACAAAGAACCCGCCAGUUGCACCAUCAGCCGUAACUCCUCCUGAAGUCAGCCAAGCACUCAAAUCUGCCGCAACCAAGGCUCUCGAGAAAACCACCGGUGUUUUCAAGAAAAAGCCCCGCGAAGAACAAAUCAAGCCAACCUCAUUCAAAACGCCGCCUCCGAAAAAGUACCCGUUG